AACCACAAGGGCAUUUGGGCGGAGAGAGAGCCAGAGUUCGGGAAGGAGAAAAGAUGGCGCUUAGAGGAACAUGGCAGCUUCAGAAGCUGAUUGUGAGCUACUGUAACUGGGGAGGUAGCAGCCGAGGGAUAAGGGCCUUUAUGGAAGCUCAUCUUCCCCAGUUUAAGGAGAAAAACCCUCAUCUGGAGGUGGUGACCGAUCUUGCCCGUGGACAGCAUCCUUUCUUGAAGGGCUUAUACAGAAACAAGAAUGAAAGGGUGGUCUGUGUGAAGAACAUGGAACCGGAAGACGUCCUCUUAGAAGCAAUGAGGCUCAGGAACUCGUUGGGGAGGAAAGUGGUGAAACUGAGGACGAGGCAUGUGACGAAACACCCGAGCGUGCAAGGCACUUGGUCUACCGAAAUGAAAAUCUGAGGGCUCUCGUCAGGUGUGCAAGUACUCAAAGCUUCUUCUUUUCUUGGUCGUUGAAUGGAUUUCAAGAACUCGGAUACGCUGCCAUUUCUGUGUUCCUAUCGAGAUUGUUAGCAAUGUAACUUGGAUCAGAAUCCAGGUUUGGAUUCCUCCUGUUUUGCAGUUUAUUCAAUAGUUGAAACUCCCUCAUCUCUCUGCUGCCCAGAUGAUAAUAAACUAGAAGCAUUACAAAUCCCGUGACUCUGUUUCCAUUUUAGCAAUUCCAGAAGACAGAACUCGCCGACUGUUACUUGUACUUUUAUAUCAGAUUACUCCAUUGAUAUGGGUGCAACAUACAGUAAUAUCUUGAUA